ACCGAUCUUUCCCAGGCCUGCUUCUACAUUUACCACUGUAAAAGCGCCAUGGACGAGCAACAGUUUGUUCAGCUGCUCCAGAGCCUGCUGCAGCCUGACACCGAUGUUGUCAAGAAUGCUACGGCCACUCUGAACAAGAGUUACUACAACUCCCCCGCGUCGCUCAAUGCCCUGCUGCAGGUUCUCUGCGGGCACCCCGACAAGGGCUUGAAGCAGCUUGCCGCCGUCGAGGCCCGCAAGCUGGUCGUCAAGCACUGGAUUGCGCUGCCCGAGGACCAGAAGGUGUCCCUCCGCAACCAGCUGCUGCAGUUCACCCUGAACGAGGAGACCAAGCUCACAAGGCACUCUGCCGCCCGCGUUGUUGCUGCCAUCGCCGCGCAGGACUUUGAGGACGGACAAUGGGCUGACCUGCCCGCCCUCCUCCACCAGGCCUCCACCAGCAGCACCGCACAGCACAGGGAGGUCGGCACCUUCAUCAUCUGGACAACUCUCGAGCAGACCGGCGACUCCUUCCCAGGAAAGCCGGCUGACCUCUACAACUUGUUCAGCAAGACCAUUCAAGACCCCGAGAGCGCCGAUGUCAGGAUCAACACCAUGGUUGGGUUGAGCCGCAUGGCUAUGCUGCUCGAGCCUGAGGAGGAUGCCAAGUCUCUGCUGGCCUUCCAGCAGGCUAUCCCCCAGAUGGUCGCUGUCUUGAAGCAGUCGGUCGACGAGGGUGAUGAGGACCACGCUAUGCAGGCCUUCGAGGUCUUCCAGACACUUCUCGGCUGCGAGUCUGCCCUGCUCCAGAAGCACUUUGGCGAUCUCGUCCGCUUCAUGCUCGAGCUCUCUUCCUCCACCGAUGUUGAGGACGACUACCGCUCCCAGUCCCUUGCAUUCCUCAUGCAGUGCGUGCGCUACAGGAAGCUGAAGGUUCAGGCGCUCAAGAUUGGCGAGGAGCUUACACUGAAGGCUCUUCACAUCGUCACCGAACUCGGUGACCUCUCCAGCGAGGACGAGGAUGUCACACCUGCCCGCUCCGCUCUCGGUCUGCUCGACAUCCUGGCCUCCAGCCUUCCCCCCAGCCAGGUCGUCAUUCCCCUUCUCAAGAACCUUGGCAACUACUUCUCCUCCCAGAACCCCGACUACCGCCAGGCUGGUAUCCUCGCUCUGGGUAUGUGCGUUGAGGGUGCCCCUGACUUCAUCGCCACUCAGCUCCACGAGAUCCUGCCCAUGGUCUAUCACCUUCUCGAAGACCCUGAGCUAAAGGUCCGCGCCGCUGCCCUCAACGGUGUCGCCCGCUUGGCCGAUGACCUUGCUGAGGAUGUUGGCAAGGAGCACGCCACGCUCAUCCCCGCUAUGAUCAAGAACUUCGAUCUCGCUGUCCAGAACGCGCCCAGCGCUGAUGACGAGCGCACUCUCUCCAUUGUUCGUGGAACCUGCCACGCUGUUGACUCUCUGAUUGAGGGCCUUGACCCCGAGGAUGCCGGCAGGUACGUCCCCGAGUUGGUACCUCGCUUCAGCAAGCUCUUCCAUCACGAGGACCUGAAGGCCAAGAGCGCUGCCAUUGGCGCUGUCGGCUCCAUCGCUUCGGCCGCCGAGAAGGCCUUCCUGCCGUUCUUCCAGCAGACAAUGAACGAGCUGUCCCCCUACGUCAGGAUCAAGGACAGCCAGGAUGAGUUGGACCUCCGUGGAGUCACCUGUGAUUCCAUGGGCAAGAUCGCCUCGGCUGUUGGCCCUGAGCCUUUUGAGCCCUACGUUCUGCCUUUGAUGGAGGCUUCCGAGGAGGCACUUCACCUUGAUCACCCCCGUCUGCGUGAGACCAGCUACAUCCUCUGGAGCACCAUGGCCAAGGUCUACGAGGAGGGCUUUGCGAAGUACCUCCCCGGCGCUGUCAAGGGUCUGAACGAGUGCCUCGAGCAGGACGAGACUGGCACUGACGUCGAGCUUGGCGAGCACGCCAGCGAGCUUGUUGGUCAGGAGGUCAUCAUCGAGGGCCAGAAGGUCAAGGUUAUGGCUGCUGGCGAGGAUGAUGAUGACGACUUUGAGGACUUGAACGAUGCCAUGGUUGAUGACGACGACUGGGAUGACCUUGAGGGCGUCACAGCUGUCGCUAUGGAGAAGGAGAUUGCUGCUGAGGUCUUUGGCGACAUCAUCACCCACACCCGCCGCGAGUUCAUUCCCUACCUCGAGCAGACUGUCACCAAGCUCCUGGAGCUUGUCGACCACUCUUACGAGGGUAUCCGCAAGGCUGCCCUCGGCACACUCUGGCGCACCUUUGCCUGCCUCUUCGGCAUGGCCGAGGGCGAUGGUAUGGCCAAGUGGUCGCCUGGCCUGCCCCUCAAGGUUGAGCCUCCUGCGGAGCUGAAGAAGCUUGGCAACCUCGUCAUGACCGCCACCAUGGCGACCUGGCAAGACGAGAUGGACCGGGGCACUGUCACCGACAUCAACCGCGAUGUCGCUGCCACUCUCAAGCUCUGCGGUCCUGCAGUACUGAUGACCGAGAAUGGUACCGUUGUGCCCGAGAUGUGCCAGCAGCUGCUCGCUGUCAUUACCAAGCGCCACCCCUGCCAGCAGGAUCUUGGUGACGAAGGCGAGGAGAUUGACGACCUCGAUGAGUCCUCCGAGUACGACUGGCUGGUUAUUGAGACCGCCAUGGAGGUUGUUACCUGCUUGGCUGUCGCCCUUGGCGGUCAGUUCGCCGAGCUUUGGAAGAUGUUCGAGAAGCCCAUCAUAAAGUAUGCCAGCAGCCAGGAAUCUACCGAGCGCAGCGCAGCCGUUGGUACCAUCGCCGAGUGCGUUGGUAACAUGGGCGAGGGAUGCACCCAGUACUCGAGCGGUCUGCUCAAGCUUCUGCUGCACCGCCUGUCCGACGAGGACCCUGACACCAAGUCCAACGCGGUCUACGGCAUGGGACUUCUGUGCGAGAUGACCUCCAACAACGACGAGAUUGUCAAGAGCCUCCCCACCAUCUUCUCCAAGAUUGAGCCCCUUCUCGACGCCAAGGACCAGCCCCGUCUUUUGGAUAACACCGCGGGAUGUGUCAGCCGAUUCAUCUCCAAGCACACUGACAGGCUCCCGGUCGCCGAGGUCCUGCCUCGCGUGGUCCAGCUCCUGCCUCUCCGUGAGGACUACGAGGAGAACAAGCCUAUCUUCGGCAUGAUCGUCAAGCUGUACCAGAGGAACGACCCCACUGUGCAGCAGCUGACCCCCACAUUGAUGCCCAUCUUCGAGCAGGCGUUGACUGCCGAGGACCAGUUGGAGGACGAGACACGUGCGCAGCUUACGGAGCUUGUUCAGUACCUGCGCAAGUAGAUGGUUGAUGAAGGACAUGGAGCAAAAGCAUGGAUACCCCGUCGCGAGACACUUGUAAAUGAUGAUAAUGACUGGUGGUACGAGGUAUAUUGAUACCACGGAUUUAUGAUUAAAUAGGACCUUGAAUGAAGAUUAGACGCCUAAAUGGCAUUCCUUAACACAUGAGCAAGAUCGAUGGCGAUUCAGCGACUGUAACAUGGCAUUGUUGGGAAAGGCG